GUGGGCUGGGCGAUGCAUGAGAUCGGUUGCUGGGAAUGGGCAAAGGCCCCCCCGAAGGGCCCGGCGCAGCGACCCCAGAAUUUGCGUCAGAGUUUGCAGGGCAUAUGGGUGCAGGAGGGGAAUCCGUGCCGUGAGGAGGGGGGCCUGCGGCCGAGAUCGGGGCCUGGCAUCUGGAAGAAGGGGCUCAGGAAACGUUUGUUGAGUGAAUGAAAAUAAUUCUUGAAAGUGGGGCAAGGAAUCCGUGAGAAUAAAGUAAUGGCGCGGGCGGGGAGAGGCGGCAAGAGAGUGUUCUGAUUUCAAAGGGGAGCAAAGGAUCCAUGGAAGGCAACGAAACGCCCACUGUCCACCCCUGUGCCUCUGAUUCUGCCACAGGGGGUGAGAUCAGAGCCCCUCCAGGCACUGAGCUUGUCCCCAGGAGAGCUGUCAGUCGCUCUCCAACCUGUGCCCGCUGCCGAAACCACGGCGUCACUGCCCACCUCAAGGGCCACAAGCGCCUGUGCCUCUUUCAGGCUUGCGAGUGUCACAAAUGUGUCCUCAUCUUGGAGCGCCGGAGGGUCAUGGCUGCCCAGGUGGCCUUGCGUAGGCAACAGGAGGCACAGCUAAAGAGGCAUCUGGCUCAGGGACUGCUGAGGAGAGGGGCGGCUCCUCCCAAAGCUCCUAGCCAUGCCAAGAAGGGAGCCACUCAACCAGGGGUCCCCCCUGGAAAGGAGAACAUAGCACCCCAGCCUCAGACACCCCAUGGGGCAGUCCCACUGGCACUGACACCCCCUGGGAAGGAUAACUCCCGGGGGCCUCGGCUGCUCAGCCGUCCCCCGGAAGCCUUGCCUUUGUCCUGGACUCCAGUGCCUCCAGGCGCUUGGGCUCCUGGACACUGGCUGCCUCCAGGCUUUUCCGUGCCACCUCCUGUGGUAUGCCACUUGCUAUGUCAAGAACCUACAGUCCCUCUGCAUCCCUCUCCUGGCUUUGACCCUGGCACUUCCCUCCGGCUGCCCACUCACGGGCCCCUCCCAACCUGCCCAGGAUCUCGUCCGAUACUGAUGGCUCCUCUUUCUGGAGAAUCCCAAGGGCCCUCUGCCCUGCCCCGCGCAUGCUCAACUCUGAUACUCCAGCCCUGUGGCACCCCAGACCCUCUUCUGCUACAGCCACAGGCCCCCGGAGCUUCUCGCCUGGCCUGGACCUCUGCCCCCUCAGAGCGGCAGCUGCAGCGGGAGGCAGCUGAGGCUCUUGUGGAUCUGAAAGGUUCUUCCCAGGCUCCCCGCCUGACCUCUUCUGUGCCCCCCAACCCUGCCUGGAUCUCCCUGCUCCACCCCUGUGGCCCACCAGCUCCCGCUGGAGGAAGAGGAUUCCAGCCUGUUGGCCCCUCUCUCCGACCCAGCCCAGCCCCCUCUGUGGCUCUGCAUAUUGGGCGUCUGGGCUCUAUCUCCCUCCUAAGCUAGAAGCCCAGAGGUGGAGGCCUUGCUGGGGCAAGAAGCAACAGCCUGUGGGCACUGCAUAUUUGGUAUUUUACUUCUGGAUUUAUGCAUGGAAUUUAAUGUAGUACAAGCUUCUGGCUUUUCUUUUUUCUUCUUCUUCUUUUUUUUAAGCUUCCAGGUGCUUCGUUAGCUUUUGGUUCCUUUUGUAGGGUGGGCAUUUCCUUGAAUGAAAGUGGUAUUGUCUUACUCACUUGGGUCCUGGCACCUUUUUACAAUCCCCAGCAAAGUGACAAUGGUGUAGUUUAAGCUAACCAGUAUCUAAAUAGGUUUUUGCAUGAGUUCACGGUCCAGAAUAUUUAUUUGACAUAUGAUCCUGUACAUAGCUGUGCGCUCAUGUCUGUCUCCAUGCAUGCAAAAAUAGGAGAGUAUUUUCAUUUUGUGUCUACCUUUGGGUGAGUGGGAAAUAAACCUCUGUUGUUUUAAGCCACUGAGAUUUGGGGAUUGUUUGUUGCUGCAGCCUAACCUAGUCUACCCUGACACAAAGGACUUGUUCAAUUCACUUUCUGGUAACUACCACAAAUAAAUACAAACUUGGAUUUCUUAGAGCCAGUUAAGAAAGGUUGGUAGAGGAAGAUAGUGGGAGAUCCACUGAUUCAAUAGUGAAGUGCCUGCGUGCCAGGCCUAGACCAUUUCCAGCUGUCAGAGGGCUACAGAUCAAAACGCAUACAGGGCCAAGCACAUCAUAUAAAUGAGUAAAGAAAGCUGGAUGAGCCCUA